UUCCAUAGCCCAAUUCUUGAUCUGCAUACAAAAGUGUAUGACCUAAAGAAUUUUCUUCAAGAUAUGGUUCAUGUCAGGACAGACAUUGAUGGGACUAUUGUUGCUGAGAAAAAGAGGAAGAGGAAAGAUGGUGACUGCAGGAGAAAAAAGAAAGGAUGUUCCAGUUUGCGAAUAUGAAGCACAAAGAAAUGCAAAUGUCCUAGCCAAUAACAUGAAGCUCAAAGCUUUGCAGCUUCAAGAGCUUGGACAGGAAGUUUCCUCAUCACUUAUGACAGGAAAAAAGAGAAAGGUGGAAGCUGUGAGGCAUCAAGAAAAGAGGACGACAACUAAUGCUACAAUUCAGCACAACUUACGAACAAGCUCGAGAUUGAGUGCUGCACGGGCUAAUGUACAACCAGGGAAUGGGAGUGGUGCACCUAGUGCUCAUCUACAGGCAAGGAAUGGCCCAAGUGGUGAUCUACAGCCAGAGAAUGGGAGUAGUGGAGCAAGUGCUCAUCUACAGCCAAGGAAUGAAGAGUUAAGAGAACAAGAGAAGAAAAAAGUUAGAGGGCCAACUACAAAGGCUGACAUAUUUGCAAGACAAAAUAAACCAAAACUCAAACUAGAGAUAAAUGACUGUGGCCAGCCUUGUGGACCUUCAAGCACUGAAUUUGCUAACUUUAUUGGUGCACUUGUGAGAACAAAGGGCUUUCCGAUGGCACAUGAUGAUUGGAGGAAGGUUUGCCCAAAAAAAAAAUAUAAGCUGUGGACAGAUGCUCAGCUCUAUUGGGAUAUAGACAAUGGGUCCUUCAACUGGUUUAUGAAAACAGCAGCUACAAAAUGGAGGGAGUUCAAAGCAGAGUUGAGGAAGGUCUUUCAUGAUGCUAUGGAAUACGAAGAACUGCUUGAAUUGCGAGACGAAAGAGUGCAUGAGGAGGAUUGGAAGUGGUUAAUUGAUCAUUGGAUGUCUCCAGAUGGAGCUAAUGCACUGAAAGAUGCAGUCAGAGAUCAUCCUGAACUAGUAGAGAAGAGUAUAGGGGAAGGUGAUGCCUAUUUCCAUAGGAACCACAUCAUGAAGAGGGUGGAAGAGAUGUGA